AUGCAAGCCAAACGUGUCACUCGCCAAAGGGCACAGAACCAAGAUGAGAACGCAGGCAUUGCCAGCCGAGCCACGCGUGCUUCAACCAAGACUGUUGGCAAGGCUCUGGCCUCGACUACUACCGCUGGCACCAAGGCUUCUCAGCCCUUGAACCGCAAGCGUGUCGCUCUCGAAGACGUCAGCAACUUUAACAAAGCUGGUCAAGACGGUUCUCUCGAGAAGGAGACCAAGAAAGCGGUCAAGAGUGUUCUCGCUGCAAAGACUGGAGUUACCAAGACCAAGUCUCGCACCGUUCUUAAGGAGAAAGUUGUCGAGGAAGUCAAGGCCGCCGAGGUCAAGCAGACCGUUAAGACCGCUGCUGCACGCCCUCGUAAGCGUACCAACUCUUCCACCCGUGCCGCCGAAGCCGAAAACAACAACGAAAAUGAGGCUCCUGUCGAGGAGAAGAAGAAGAAGCCCGAGGCUGUUGCCGUCGAGGUCAAGCCUAAGGCGAAGGAGGUCGUUGCUCAAAAGCCCACCGCCCUAGAGAAGGAAGGAGAAGUUUUUGCCAACGAGCCGAAUAGCAAGAGGACUCGUGUCGUCGAGCCUCAACCAGCUAUCAUUCUCGAAAAUGAAGAAGACGAUGACCCAUUGAUGGUCGCUGAGUACGCCGAAGAAAUCGAUGCCUACCUCCGUGACUUGGAACCGAAGAGCAUGGCCAACCCCGAAUAUAUGGAUCACCAAGACGAGUUGCAAUGGAAGAUGCGUGGAAUCCUCGUCGACUGGCUCAUCGAAGUUCACACUCGCUUCCGCCUUCUCCCAGAGACCCUCUAUCUCACAGUCAACAUCAUCGACCGUUUCCUUGGACUUAAGCAGGUCGGAUUGGAUAAGCUCCAGCUUGUUGGCGUUGCUGCGAUGUGGGUUGCUGCCAAGUAUGAAGAGGUUUACUCUCCUUCCAUCAAGAACUUCAUCUAUGUUAGCGACGGUGGCUACGUCGAAGAUGAACUUCUCAGAGCCGAGCGUUAUAUUCUCACCACCCUCGACUAUGACUUGUCAUACCCUAACCCCAUGAACUUCCUUCGCCGUAUCUCCAAGGCUGAUGACUACGACAUUCGCACUCGUACCUUCGCCAAGUACCUCAUGGAAGUCAGUCUCCUCGACUACCGUUUCCUUGAGUAUCCAGGCUCGCUCGUUGCUGCCGCUGCGAUGUACAUGGCUAGGAAAAUGUAUAACCGUGGCUCAUGGAAUGCAAGCCUUGUUCACUACUCAGGGUACACUGAGGACGAGAUCAUGCCAGUUUUCAAGCUCAUGGUUGACUACCUCGCCCGCCCAGUUAAGCACGAGGCAUUUUUUAUGAAAUAUGCCGACAAGAAGUUCAAGAAGGCUUCGAUCAAGGUUCGCUCGUGGGCCAAGAGUGCUGCCGUUCACUAUAAGGUUGAUUUGAACGAGCCCGUCGACUUGUGA